UUGGAGACAAAUGUUUAUAUAACGCGAUAUUCAACGACAACUUCAUAAAAACAGUAUAAUUCAAUAUCGGACUGUAGGGAGGCUAAAAAAGAGGGGGCGGGUGCUAUUGUGUGAGGGAUGCGCUCUUCUAGAAGAUUCUGCAGCGUUCCUCCGAGUUCGCCCUUAUUCAUUCCUUUAUUGUGGAAACUAGCUAGCCGACUAGCAUCCCAGUCAAAGCCACAACAUAGUUCAUAUUGUGGCGGGGACUCAGCGCUUAUGUACCUAUGACUGGAUUGGAGUGAAACCUCUACCUAUGCUAAGAUGUCAAAGAGGCCGUCCUAUGCCCCUCCGCCUCCCCCUGCCCCUACAACUCAAAUGCCCAACAAUACAGGGUUUGUGGGGUACAAUCCCUACAGCCAUCUGGCCUACAACAACUACAGACUGGGAGGGAGCCAAAGCAGCAACAGUCGGGUAACGAAUUCUUCUGGAAUAAACAUCCCCAAACCACCCAAGCCACCCGAUAAGCCGCUGAUGCCGUAUAUGAGAUACAGUCGAAAGGUUUGGGAUCAAGUAAAAGCCUCCAAUCCUGAUCUGAAGCUAUGGGAAAUUGGGAAGAUAAUCGGUGGCAUGUGGAGGGACCUCACUGAUGAGGAGAAACAGGAUUAUUUGAAUGACUACGAAGCAGAGAAGAUUGAAUAUAACGAAAGCAUGAAGGCCUAUCACAACUCGCCAGCCUACCUGGCCUACGUCAAUGCAAAAAGCCGUGCCGAGGCAGCGCUAGAAGAGGAGAGCCGCCAGAGGCAGUCCAGACUGGACAAAGGCGAGCCAUACAUGAGUAUUCAGCCAGCUGAGGAUCCAGAUGAUUACGAUGAUGGAUUUUCAGUUAAGCACUCUGCGGCCGCCCGUUUCCAGCGCAACCACCGUCUGAUAAGUGAGAUCCUCAGUGAGAGCGUGGUCCCCGACGUGCGGUCUGUCGUUACCACCGCCCGCAUGCAGGUCCUCAAACGCCAGGUUCAGUCUUUGAUGGUUCACCAGAGAAAGUUGGAAGCGGAGUUGCUUCAGAUUGAAGACCGCCACCAGGAUAAGAAAAGAAAGUUCAUUGAAGCCACCGAGUCGUUCACAAAUGAGCUGAAAAGACUUUGUUGCAUGAAAGUGGAAGUGGACAUGGAGAAGAUAUCUGCAGAUAUAUCAGCAGCAGAAGAGGCAGCCCGCAAACGCAUGGCUGAGCGGGAAAAGGAUGCGGGAGGUGCCAAAGAGGCGCCCAACUGCGUCUUAGCCGAAGAAGAAAAACACAUCUGUACGACUCACGGCAAAACUCAACAGAAUCCUCUCGGCGAAAGCACCGCCAAGGAAGGUGAGGACACCGCCGCCAAAGAUGCACCAGGGAAGCGGAAGGCCUCUGAGGAACUGGAGGCUCAGCCAGGCAGUGAAGAGGGAGCAUCGGAGGACAAGGAGAGUGUCCCUGAGGGAGCCAUGGAGGAGGGAACCAGCGACAGCAACACAGGCUCUGAGACCACGUCUGCUCAGACCGAAGACGCUCUGACGAGCGAACCACCAGAGAGUAUCAGCAGGGCGAGAUCAGCCCACUAAGUCAGACUCCUGUUCCUGAUAUCAGACUGUGGAAUCCUUCAGUUGACCAUCUUCUGCCAAAGCAGGUGUAACAAAAGAAGAACAAGCCUGAAGCACAAAUGGCACGUGAAUGGACAUUUUUUCUCAUUUCAAUACUGUACAGGCCUCCUGGCUGGUUACAGUGGAACCUGUUGAUAUCGACAACCAGUCCGUUCGUGUUGACGUGUUGUGGUAUUGUCAACUUCGUUAUUACUUGUGUGUGUUUUUGAAAAAGCAGAUUCGUGAUAGUUCGAGUCUCAUAUGAAUACUGUACAGGUCUCUUGGCUGAUUACGGUACAACCCGUUGAUGUUGACAGCCAGUGUGUGUCGAUCAAGUCCCGGUCCACCACGUCCUAAAAAAGUACUGGCUUAAGUUGACAUGCGUGAUCGACCACGUCUGUCAUUGGAAAAAACGGGCGCGGUUACGUCGACGCGUGUUUCAUCGUUACCACUCACGUGUUUUUCAGAAAGCAGAUUUUUGACUUUUCAAGUCACGCGUAAACGUGCACGCCGUGACUAUUUUCUGUUACACCGACAGCCGCUUGUGUUGACGCGAGUCAGCCGAUCAGAGGGAUGUUGACCUUAAACGCAUUCCACCUUAGCUUUUUUGCUGUUGCAAUAAGUGUCUGGUAAUAUGAGAGGGAAGGUUUCUCAGUGUUCGACUGUAUAACACAGUGUGUUGUAGCGCAAGUGUUACUUUUGCAUGUUUUGUCGUGGUUGUGAGGAGGUAUGUGCUCUCCUUGUUUACUACCUGUUUUAGCACCACAGUCAUUUUUAGCAUUAUUUUGUCUCAGGAGGUUUUAGUCCCAGUACAGUAGUGUUACUUAUUUAUUUUCAACAUUUUAUUGCUCUUUUGUAUUAGUUAUGCUGGCGUACGCGCAGUCCACCCAUAGGCGUUAGAUCACAUGAUCAUCAGCACCGCACCAUGCUCAACCACCAGUGUUCUCAACUAGCUAGCUGUCAAUCAAACCCACAGCCGUACGUGUUGUUUAUGGACCAUGGUUGUGCAUACUCUGUAUUGCUUGAAUAGGAACAUUGGUGUUAACACGCAGCAGCUUGUAGAACUCUCCAGAACUUGCAGUCUUAAAGUGAAUUUUCUUGUGCGUAUUUUUUACAAAUAAACUUUUCUAUCCUG